AUGGCGUUAGUGGAGGAGACGGGCGCGGGAGCCGCCGAGGACCCGGAGGCACUCCUCAACGAGUGGCUCGGCGAACUGACAGUGCUCACAGCGGGUCUAAACUCGUCUAAUGACGCAACUUCGGCGCUGAGGCCGCUCGAGAUCGUUGCCCCCCGCAUUGACACGUACCGCUUCUCGAUGGCCAACCUGGAGGAGACGCAAGAUGCAGAUCUUGACGCAAUACUCGGAGAACUCUGUGCUCUAGACUCCGAAUAUGACGAGGAACUGUCCAGGGUGUCAGCUGAAUACACGUCGGUGUCGAAGGAGAGGGGCGAGGGCGGCGAGGGCUGCCCUCAAAGGGCGGAGUGCAGCAAGGAGUGCAGCGAGGGCACCCCCGCUAUCGCCCGUACCGAUUCGCCCGACAAUGACUCAGCCUUUAGCGAUACUGUGUCCAUGCUGUCCAGUGAAUCUUCGGCGUCGAGCAGCGCUAGUGCCAAAUGCAAAGCCUUGAAGUUGAACCUUCAUCAAAACCAAAAGGACGCGAUUUUUCAACAGAAAGCUGACAAGAUCAAGCUAGCGCUGGAGCGGAUGCGGGAAGCCAACGUGAAGAAACUGUUUAUCAAGGCUUUCUCCACGGAUGGCUCAUCCAAAAGCCUCCUGGUUGACGAAAAGAUGAGCUGUGGCUAUGUGACCCGUCUCCUGGCUGACAAGAACCAUGUUACUAUGGAGCCGAAGUGGGCCAUUGUCGAACAUUUGCCGGAUUUGCAUAUGGAACGAAUAUACGAGGACCAUGAAUUACUGGUGGACAACCUGAUGCUGUGGACUCGGGAGUCCAAGAACAGGAUCCUAUUUGCAGAGAGACCAGAGAAGAUAUCUCUGUUCCAAACACCAGAGAAGUUCCUGUUGACCGAGGAUGAUAGAGGUUGGUCCAGUGAACACGACGAACACUCAAGACAGGUGAUCCUAGAAGAGUUCUUUGGACAGAGUGGCGGAACCUCUUCAGUUCCCUCUGUCUCCGGACACCCCGUCCCCCAGAUGGAAGGCCCCCUUUACUUAAAGAGCGACACAAAGAAAGAGUGGAAGAAAUAUAGAUUCGUGCUUCGGCCAUCCGGACUGUACUAUUCACCGAAAGAUAAAGUGAAGACACUGAAGGAGUUGGUUUGCUUGGCAACUUUCGACACUAACGAGGUGUACAUAGGGUUGAACUGGAAAAAGAAGUAUAAGUCACCCACAGAGUACUGCUUCGCGAUCAAGCAUCCAAGACUGCAGCAGCCGAAGAGUGUUAAGUUCAUCAAGUUCCUUUGUGCUGACGAUCAGGGUACAUUGGAGAGAUGGCUGACUGCCAUGCGGAUAGCGAAGCAUGGUCGGCAACUGCUAGAGAACUACCGCUCCUUAGUAGAAGAGCUGACACAAGAGGACCUGGAUCAUCUUGCACAUGCACGUUCUUGUUCUAUAUCAUCAAUUCCAACGAAAACGAACGGAAGCACAACAGCAGGUGUCAACAGUCCCGCGCAGUCGGCAUCUAGCAAUGCCAGUGUUGCCAACUCGGACAUUAGCAGCGGCAGGCACUCCAGAGCUUCCUCCUCGAGUUCUAGUGGAUGCAUGUCGGAUGGAGGAACAGCCUCUGAAAGUGCAUUCGACUGCGAGUUUUCUAUGGGUACAAUAAAACGCAAGCCUUCGAUGAAACCCAACAUACCUCUGACGUGGAUGACGAGGCAGCUAAAAGAGAUGGCGGAGACAGAUUCGACUCUUGGCGAUGACGACCAUGGAGACUGCGGUACGCUAACUAGGCGACCAAGACCCCGUGACGAUUCUACGUUGAAGAGACAUCACGCUGCAGAUUCAUCUGACAACGCGGUAUACAGCACAACGAGUGCCAGCCUGCACAGUUCCAGCAUAAGUCCAGUGCGUCAUGAACCCUCCCCUUCAUUUGGCCACUACGAGAGCAUUCCUCGCGAUGUAUACCGUUCGAGUGUGGAAACCGCCUCCUCUCUAUAUGGCUACUCAGCUAUCUACGACAAAGUACAAAGACCAGAAGUCACCAAUGUCGAGGAUCUACCACCUCCACCUCCAGAAGAUACGCCUGACGGCAUGUUCAGCUCAACCCUCAGUCUCGACUCCUUGCCUCCACCACCCCCACCUUUAGACCCCAUUGAAGACAUUUGCGGGUCACAACUUAGCCUCCCCCCACCACCACCAGAGCACGCUAUGGAAGCCAAUUCGGGAAGAGUCCAGGACAUUGUCAGUCAACUGACCGCCCAACAAAUAGAACAAGCGGCGAGAGCAGGUCAAUCUCGCAAUUCUCGGAAUCAGGAACAAACUCGCUCUUUCCCUAGACAACCCUCCUUAGAUAGCGUUCAUUCAGAAGCUUCUAGAACAUCGUCUUUGCACUCUGAUAAAAGCAUUUACGGUCAAACAGCCGCCUACGGUGCUUGUCUCGUAGAAUUACAAUCAAAAAAACUGAGCAGUCCCUCCAUACAGAAAAAGCUCGCGGAACCUGGCAAAGAGCGAACUGGGUCGAUCAAGAAAGUAAACUUCGCAGACGAUUUACCUACUUGUUCUGAAAAGAAGACCAAGAAGAUAUCUUUCAAUCUUAAAGAACCUUCGCCGUCUUCACCCAGGAAGCCGCUUCCUCCAAAACGCAACGAGAGUACUCGACUGUCCUCGCCUAAGAAGUUAGCAGAUUCGAACAGUAACCCUCCCAAAGAGUUUCUCAAAGAUCUCCAAAGAGUAAUGAGGAAAAAGUGGCAAGUGGCGCAAAAGUGUAAAUUAGAGCCGGCUACGACUCCACACGAAGUACUGGGCUUCCGCGAAUACCCACUCUCCGAAGACUACAAAGAGGCCAGUGUAUCUAUGUGGGUGCAGGAGCACUAUGGCUCUGUCGAGGAACCGUUUUACGAGAAUAUGUAUGGUAGAGAAGCACCACCGAGAGAAGAACCAAAGCCAGUGAAGAAACGUCCGCCACCAGCCCCUCCAAGAAGAAGUGACUCGACACACUUGUCUUCCCACACGCUCUCCUCUACAGUGCAACCGACUGCUUGA